CUUCGGAUCUGGGCAAGAUCAGUCCUCCUCCGGCUUCCCUUAGCAGCGGCUAAGCUGGUCCUUCAGAGCUAGCAGUUCCCCCCUUGUCUUCGCUCUCGUCUCUCUCUCAGCCCUCCCCAGGCUUGGGGGGGGGGGCGGCGAUCUUCGCGGGCUGCAACCGAUUAAAGGCUGCGUUUUUGUUGGGGGAUCCAGAUGAUGGGACUCUCUCAUCCCCCCCUUCGCCACGGUUGUUGGCAAGCCCUGCAGUUGCUCGCGUGGACUUUCCCCUUGGUGACAUUCGCUUCCUUCGCGGACGAGACCUUAGAGAGAGCGUCCAAAUCGGAAGGCUAUUGCAGCCGGAUCCUGCGAGCCCAAGGCACGAGGCGAGAAGGAUAUAAUGAAUUUAGCCUGCGCGUGGAAGGCGAUCCGGAAUUCUACAAGCCCGGAAACAGUUACAGGGUAACACUUUCUGCUGCUACUCCAGCCUAUUUUCGUGGAUUCACACUGAUUGCUUUGAAAGAAGGCAAAGAAGGAGACAAAGAAGAAGACCACGCAGGGACCUUUCAGAUUAUAGAUGAAGAAGAGACACAGUUCAUGAGUAAUUGUCCUGUGGCAGUGACUGAAAGUACUCCCAGAAGGAGGACACGCAUUCAGGUGUUUUGGACAGCACCUCCUUUGGGCACAGGCUGUGUAAUUUUGAAGGCAAGCAUUGUGCAAAAGCGAAUUAUUUAUUUUCAAGAUGAGGGAUCUCUUACCAAGAGGCUAUGUGAACAAGACUCAGCCUUGGAGGGUGUGACUGAUAAGCCAAUCAUAGACUGCUGUGCCUGUGGAACUGCUAAAUAUAGGCUUACCUUCUAUGGAAACUGGUCAGAGAAAUCGCAUCCAAAAGAUUAUCCACGGCGAGCCAACCACUGGUCUGCAAUCAUUGGUGGAUCUCAUUCAAAGAACUACGUACUUUGGGAAUAUGGAGGCUACGCCAGUGAAGGAGUUAAGCAGGUUGCAGAGCUGGGAUCACCAGUAAAAAUGGAAGAAGAAAUUCGGCAACAGAGCGAUGAGGUUUUGACUGUCAUCAAAGCAAAAGCACAAUGGCCUGCCUGGCAACCACUAAACGUGAGAGCUGCUCCCUCUGCUGAAUUUUCUGUGGACAGAACGCGCCAUCUGAUGUCUUUCCUUACCAUGCUAGGCCCCAGUCCUGACUGGAAUGUAGGGCUUUCAGCUGAAGACCUGUGUACCAAAGACUGCGGAUGGGUCCAGAGGGUCAUUCAGGAUCUAAUCCCAUGGGAUGCUGGCACUGACAGUGGAGUUACCUAUGAGUCUCCCAACAAACCAACAAUACCUCAAGAGAAGAUAAGACCUCUCACCAGCUUAGAUCACCCCCAAAGUCCUUUCUAUGAUCCAGAAGGAGGUUCUAUUAAAUCGGUAGCCAGAGUUGUCAUCGAAAGGAUUGCACGGAAGGGAGAACAGUGCAAUAUCGUUCCUGAUAACGUGGACGACAUAGUUGCAGAUCUCGCUGCUGAAGCGCCGGAAGAUGAAGAUGACACCCCAGAAACCUGCAUCUAUUCAAACUGGUCCCCGUGGUCAGCCUGUAGCUCUUCCACGUGUGAAAAGGGCAAGCGGAUGAGGCAGAGAAUGCUCAAAGCUCAGCUUGACCUCAGUGUGCCUUGCCCAGAAACUCAGGACUUCCAGCCAUGCAUGGGCCCAGGCUGUAGUGAUGAAGAUGGCUCCACGUGCAUGAUGUCCGAGUGGAUUACAUGGUCCCCCUGCAGCGUGUCCUGUGGCAUGGGCAUGCGAUCCAGAGAGAGAUACGUAAAGCAGUUCCCUGAUGAUGGCUCCAUGUGCAAAGUGCCUACCGAGGAAACUGAGAAAUGCAUUGUCAAUGAGGAGUGCUCUCCCAGCAGCUGCCUGGUGACGGAAUGGGGGGAAUGGGAUGAAUGCAGUGCCAGCUGUGGGAUGGGCAUGAAGAAACGGCACCGGAUGAUCAAGAUGACCCCAGCAGAUGGAUCCAUGUGCAAGGCGGACACCACUGAAGCGGAGAAAUGCAUGAUGCCAGAGUGCCAUACAAUUCCCUGCAUGUUGUCUCUUUGGUCCGAAUGGAGCGACUGCAGCGUAACAUGUGGGAAGGGGAUGAGGACCAGGCAGAGGAUGCUGAAAUCUGCAGCGGAGCUUGGGGACUGCAACGAAGAACUGGAACAAGUGGAGAAAUGCAUGCUCCCAGAGUGCCCAAUUGACUGUGAGUUAACAGAGUGGUCUCAGUGGUCAGAAUGCAAUAAGUCUUGUGGGAAAGGUCAUAUGAUCAGGACAAGAAUGAUCAAAAUGGAGCCCCAGUUUGGAGGAGCUCCAUGCCCAGAAACUGUACAGCGCAAAAAGUGUCGAAUAAGGAAAUGCUUGAGAAACCCCAAUAUUGAGAAAAGGCGCUGGAAAGAGCCCCGUGAGAAAAGGAGAAGUGAACAACCAAAAGAAGAUGUUGAUGGUGAGCAAUUCCCAGGUUGUAAGAUGAAACCAUGGACUGCUUGGUCAGAAUGUACCAAACUGUGUGGAGGGGGAAUCCAAGAGAGGUUCAUGACAGUCAAGAAGAGAUUCAAAAGCACUCAGUUUACUAGUUGCAAAGACAAGAAGGAAUUAAAAGCCUGCAAUGUUCACCCUUGUUAGCAAAACUCGAGUCUUUGAAAUAAUGCACUCUGAGCUAAAUGUAAAAUCAACCUUGAUUUGGUUUUUUUUAAGAAAAGAUAUAAAUUGUGUAUAUUAGUCUUCAUUUUUGCAGUGUGGUUUGCUUAUUAGUCUUGCUGGUGCAAGAGAUAUAUUUUAUAAAUAUUUCCUCACAAAUGUAUGCUGAGAGUGGCUCCUUGAUACUCCAGCUAGCCCUUAAUGCAUAAAACUAGUGACGUCAUUGUAAAAUCCUAUAACGUUGAAAUUAUAAACAUCUCUGUGUGGACAAACCAUAAUCAUAGAACUGUUCCCUGUAAAUACAUGGGAUGCAUGCAUAAUGACAUUGCAAACUUAAAUAUUGAUUAGGAUCCAGUUUCAAAACACUCAAAGCAGUGCCUCUGUGAUUACACAACUGUGCCAAGGAAUUACUUCAAUAAUAUUACAGGUGCAUAUUUAUCUUUUACCAUCACGGGUGUAAAAUUGUAUUUAUAGCAAUCCUUUGACAAAAUUCUUUUUUUCCUUCAUGAAAAUGCUGGGGACUCUUACAAAAUAAAUCCCUCUUUGGUUCUUUCGACUUUCAAAAAUGAAAGCAAAUUCCAUAUAUGAACAGCAGAGAUGGGAACAUUUUUUGUCUGCACGCCACACAUGCAAAUUAGUGGGCUGCAUCUGAGAACACUUCACACACUCUCACAAAGUCAUGUGCAUGGUGAUAUGGUGCAGGUAAACACACACUCUCUUUAGAUGUUUGGUCCACAGAACUGGACCAAAGAGACCAGGAGCUUCAGCAGAAAUCAUUGAGAGCUGGUCCAACACAAUGGAUUGGAUUCAGAUCUAGUCAUACUUAGAGAUGAUCAAUUGAAAUCAAUGUGACAAGUUAGUCAUGACCAACUCAGAUCCCAUUGUGUGCUCUAUGUCUGACUAAAUCUGGCCAAGAAAGUAUAAGGGUAGCAUAUUUCUCCACAUCAGAGGCUGCUAUUGCUUCUUUUAGACACAAUGCUUCCAUUUUUAUUCUUCAUCUUCUGGUAGAAACAUAAACUUGCUCCCCUGGUUUAAUUGCUAUAGCAUCUUUCAUAUUUUUUGUUCUCCUCACUCUCCUGCAAGCUUUCAGGUCUGGCCUGCCAUGGUUCUAAGCAAUUAUGGUUAUAACAUAUGCAGAAAUUACUAUCUUGUGAGAACAAACAUGGUGGUGCUAUAUAUAAUACCAACAACAACAACAACAACAACAACAACAACAACAACAUAGCUAUUUGAAAACUGCUAGGACUGCAAAGGGUGGGAUAAGAGCCAGCACCAUUGAAAAGAGAGUGGGGUUAAUGUGUAGAUCCUUAAGGAAAGUCACAGGUAGAGAUGAAAGCUCUUGCAUUCCUACUUUAAAAUGUGACCCUGCAUUACAUCUGGUAGUAUGCUGUUACAGACAAGUACCCUGAAGCGACCCUUUGCCACCUCUCUUCGAAAACCCUUAGUGAGAUAAUGGAAGAGAAGCAGGUUCAGCCAUGGGAUAGCUACAAGGUGAGAGACCAGUUUUUAACUGAUGGGCAAGAAGGUUAACCCACCUCCUAAUAUAUCCAGUAUAAUUGUUGAGUUCAUGGCACUCAUUAUGCAAAAACAGAAACUAGAAAAACGCUGAAAACAUUAGCCAUUCUGUAUGUUAAUAGCACUGAGUAUAUUUACUUGAAUAAUUUGUUGCUAUUUUCACCUGCAAUGGGUUCAGAACAAAAGAAAGGCCCUAUUAGCAAGAAGUCAUAGAAGGAUUUUAAGAUGCAAUCUACCAUAUCAGUCUCAAUGAAUGAAUAGGGGCCUAGAUUUCUAGCAAUGUUUUUGGUGCGUUGCAAUAGAUGACCCAAGUAACUAUAAUUUGUGCAUGUUGCUUCUGUGAUGGGCCUGUCAGGAUGGAUGGUGGGGAGAAGUGGUCCUCAUGCAUCAUGCCAGAGCAGCUCACUUUCUGAGAACAUAUCAGGGCAGGUUUCAGUGGACUCUCAAGCCAUGUAGAGAAAGAUUCAGAUAACAUAGUGCAGUGCCAUGUAAAAUAUAGUCAAUUUAAGCAUCACGUUAUCAGGAGUUAUUUCCUUGAAUGCCGACAAUAUUGUUGCAUGUCUUGGUCUCAGAGUGAAACAAAGCGGAAGGGUACAUGAAAGGGAACACAAACUAUAGCUUGAAAAGGGUUGAAUUCUGCACUCAGUUCCAAAAUAAUUUUAAAAAGGUUUUCCUUUUGCAUUUGUCGUAAUUGCUGACAAUGUUGUGCCCUUUUCAGUACUGGAGCAUAUAUCAACAGCAGCACGAUAUUCUGGGUGCUCUAUCCCGGGGGGAAACAGCCUUCUUUUUACACCAAGGGUUUUAUACGAACUGCUGAGCUCACAGAACUGCCUAUGGGAACACAUACACAUUCACACAAAACCUGAAGUUCUUCAAGCACCUUUUCCGACAUCAUAUUUAAUGCAUCAGGUUUGAAAGAAUACCAUGAGCGCAUACACAUGAAAACAUUAUGUCUUUAGGCAUAAUCCUAUGCCUGUUGAGACAGAAGGAAGUCCUACAAUGCCCAAAAUUCCCAGCAUGGAGAGUUGCUUAUCCAUAUAAUUUUUCUGGGAAUGAAUUCAAGCUGACUGGAAUCUAGGUUCUUGCUCACAGAAAAUGUAUGUGUUCAACUAAUACCAUCAUCACUUUUCUAUGUAUUAUCUGAUAAGUGCUAAAUGUUGCUUCAGAAUUAAUUCUCCUUUUGAAUUUUCCAUGUCGCUUUCGUUCACCUAGUAAAAUCUAGGUUCUUUCCUUUUUUACCACAUCCACCAUAGACAGCAACUGUGAGAGAGUUUUACUCAAAAGCAAAGGCACUAUAUUGUAUGUAUGAUCUUUUCUUUGAAUGUCAUUCAGUCCUCUUAGAUUUGUCAUGUUGAACUCAAGUUGAUGCUCCAUAGAAAAGUUGUUUGCAGUCCCAAAAGAUUGUCAGUGCCCUUUCCUCCAAGAGCCAUGUGUGUGAACACAGCCUCAUCUUCCCCUUUCACAGCCUCAGCUUCCGAAUUCUCAUGAUCUUCCUUCUCAUGAAGUUUCCCCUUUCCCAAUCUUCAUAGCCAUAGCUCAGAUUGGUUUGUUGAAGGACAUGUCUUCAUCACAAUUAGUUCAUAGCUGUGGAGGAGUGUCUUUCCAUGGGCUCUUUGUGGUGGGUGGGUGGUGGGGAUUGCACUGAGUGGCCAGUGAUUUCCUGUGUAAAUCAGCCCAAAACAAUGGAGGACCAAGGGCCAGGGAAAAUCCAGCAGUAUCUUAGGAUGCAGGGUGCUGGAAGGUACAGAACAGGAAUAUCUUCGAAAAACAAAGACAUUACAAGUUAAUGUGUGAGAUUAAGUUGAUGUGCAUUUUUGCAUCCCUGGGUUUAUAUAUUCAAGAAUCAAGUUUUGCUUCAAUAAAUUAUGCACUUAUUCAGUCAAAAUAUGCAUGAAAUGUGUAAGUGCUGGAAUAUACCCAGUUGCAUUUAAGUGCAAAAAAUAUUUUAAAAUUUAAAUUUUGUCAAUUGUUUUAUGCUGUGCUUGUAUUAAAUGUUAGUAAUUGUCCUAGAAGAGUGCUGGCUCCAUUGAACUAAAUAAGAAUGUUGAGCCUGAUUUCAGAGGAUUAAAUAAUUCAUUUUUCACUGUUUUCAAUAGUUGACUGACACAGCAGUUGCUCAGUAUAGUUGCACAUCAGACAAUAAAAGCCACACUUGUUAUCUUAUACAAUAAUUCCUGCCUGCCAUACACUCUGGAACCAAAAGCACAGGUAUCGCUCUCGGAAUUUUAUACACCUCACUUAACAUUUAUUAACAUUCCGUGUAUUAUCUUUUCUUUUUUUAACAUAAUCUAUAGAAACUUUACAAGCAAUGAAACAGAAAUGUUAGGGGGCUUAUAUGUACAAUAGGUUUUACUAAAAGCAACUUGAUUUUUAAAACAAAAAACAAAAAAAACCCACCUUUGUUUUUAGGUUUUCUCUGUUAUGGUUUUGGUUCACAAUGGAAUUUCUGAGAAAGCUGUCAUGGAUAUAUUUCUUACCAAAGUCUUGUGUAGAUGUUUUGUAUGUAGUUGUCUGGCUAACACAUUAUUAUUUUGGA